AGGGUUGUCGACUAAUAUCAUUUUCCUAUCCCCGCCAGAAACAAUAUCUAUAAACACACAAUGCCAGACGACGCUUCUUCACACCCCCUCGCUGCUCAUUCCCUCCAACACUCUAUGGGAGCAACCCCAAAGUUCAUUGGCGCCGUCAAGGAUGAAUGGCAGCUCUACAGUGACCGCGCGGAAGACUAUACUAUCGGAGAGCCCAUAGGCUUCGGGGCAUCGUCUAUCGUCUAUCAGGCGCUAUGGAAGCCCGCUGACGACCCGAAUGCAAAGCCCACACCGUGUGCGUUGAAGGUCUUGGACCUCGACUCGCUACCACCCCGCUCGCUGCAACUUCUGCAACGAGAGACAACAUUGAUGUCCUUGUCGAAGCAUCCCAACGUUCUCCGUGUCCGUGGCUCCUGGAUGGACGGACACAGACUCUACAUCGCCCUCCGUUUGAUGAGCAAGGGCAGUGUCGCAGACGUCAUGCGAUACGGCUGGCCCGGUGGGAUGGACGAAGAAGUCGUCAAGUGCAUCCUUCGCCAGACACUCAAGGGUCUAAACUAUCUUCACAUCAACGGUUUCAUUCACCGCGAUAUCAAGGCCGCCAAUCUUCUCAUCGACGACGAUGGGACCGUCCUGUUGGGCGACUUGGGCGUAGCUGCAGACCUCGCUGAAGACCCACACCACCACGUCUCGUCGAACAAGAGCAAGGUCCAUGCCAUCCCCGCCUCAGUGGCCCUAUCACCUCAUCAUUCCGCCAUCACAACCGGCAGUCGACCAAAAGAGGCAACCAGUCCUACCCGUCCUGGAAUUGGGAAACGGAAAUCAUUCGUUGGCACACCGUGCUGGAUGGCCCCCGAGCUCAUCCAAGGAAAGCAAUACGACGCCUCUGCGGAUAUAUGGAGUUUCGGCAUCACAGCGCUCGAACUGGCUCAAGGACACCCACCACGCUUUCGUGAAUCCACACAGCGGGUUUUGCUUCGCACCUUGCGCGAAGAACCGCCCACCCUAGACCGGGACGGAGGGACUUUCAAGUUCACUCGAGCAUUCAAAGAGAUGAUCGAUAGUUGCUUGCAUAAAGACCCAUCGAAGCGCCCUACCGCCGAACAACUCCUUCAAUCACCGUUCUUUAGGUCAGCCAAAAAGAAGUCCUUCCUCGUGAACGCCAUCCUGAAGGACUUACCCCCAUUAACUAAGCGACAAGAACGGAGAGCUCUCCCCACAGUCGCUUCCCCCAAUUCGAUCGACUCAUGGGAUUUCCCCACUUCCCUAAUGACCCCGACGACAAGUGUUCUCCGCUAUUCCGCUCUGGAGGAGCUGGUAGCGGCCGAAGACCGUGAACUGGCUCUGCAAAACCAGGUUCAUGACGCCGUUUUCGAGUUCGACAACGAACUCACUCCCUCGACUCAACGGUUCAGCGUCGACCAGCUUCCAAAGGUCGACGAAGUGCACGAGAGUGAUUCCUCGUCACAUCAUCUAUCAACCUCCCCCGGAACGAUCGCGCGGUCGCUUACCAGCACGUCCGGCACUGCUUCAACGAAUGAAGUCUCGACGGCUCCUUCGUCCUAUGUUGCUGCACCCUCGAUCCAUUCCUACAAAAAGGAUUCUUCACGGCCUUCCACUGGUUACUCGUCGAGCAACCACAGCAACUACGACUUCGACUCGGCUUCCAACCCAGCCGAUGCGACCAUCCUCCCCACCCACAAGACUGCUCCUAAUCUCUCCCAACUAUCCUCUUCUCAUCACAAGAAACUGUCUUCCGCCGCUAGCGAUUCCGAUCUCCGAGGCCUUGACGGUGUCAAGGCCUCCAAGAGCGUGUGGAAGAAGUUUAAGGACAAUUUGAAGCGGCCGGGUACAUCGUCCAGCGGUUACUCGGCCGCCGGUGAGGAAAGCCCUGUUAGUAGGAGCUUGGAUAAGGCGAGUGUGUUGAGUGGGCUGUUCACGAGUGUGAGCAAGAGUAGUGUAACUAAUGGGGGCAGGCCUUCCACUGCUACUUCUGGCAAGUAUUGA